CUUGAGUUUGACCCAUUUCUACACCAAAUUUCUCACGACCAGCAUGGCGCGCGAUGACCGAUCCGGAGAAUUCAUUGGUGUGCUUGGCUUCUUCAUGUGCAUCUGCAUUCUGCUAGUGAUGCUUCGAUGUUACUGCAAACUAGUAAUUGUGAAGAACUUCUCAGCCGAUGACUACUUUUCUGUCCUUACGCUGGUUUCAUUCUUGGUCUUUUGUACCCUAGCGCGUCUAGGUAUUUCGAACGGAACUGGAAAACGACGAUAUCUUAUUCCCGACGAAAACUACCCAGUUGGCAUGAAGUGGUGGUGGGCCUGCGAACCGACCUAUGUCAUUACGAACAUCUUUCUCAAAUCCAGCAUCGGUAUCUUCCUGUUGCGCAUCGCUCAGAGGAGAACUCAUCGCAUCAUUCUUUGGACUUCCCUGCUUUCCAUCCAGAUAUACAGCGUGUACUUCUUCUUCAUCUUCACCUUCCAGUGUUGGCCGGUUUCCUUCUUCUGGGAGCAAUUUCGCGGUGGUAAAGGCUACUGCAUACCCUCCAAAGUCAUUGUCAAUUCGUUCUAUGGCUACUCUGCGUUGUCAUGUGUAACCGAUUGGACGUUCAGUAUCGUUCCAAUCUUCAUCGUGCAUGGUCUACAAAUGAACAAGAGGAACAAAGUCACUGUGGGCGUUGUACUCGCCUGCUGCGCUAUUGGUUCCUCAGCGACUAUUGUCCGCCUGCCUUUCAUCAAUGGCCUUAACGAUAUCCCCGAUUUCCUCUACUCUACCAUCGAUGUUGCAAUCUGGUCUACCUGCGAAACCGGCAUUGGCCUUGCUACUUCCGCCGCUGCUACCCUCCGCCCCUUGCUCCGUCAGGUCCUCAACGAUACGUCAACGCACGAUAGUGCCAGUCGCAAGCGCUCGCGCGCGUGGACCUCUGGCCAUCCGUCACGAGCAGGAUAUCAGGAGCAUCCCAGCCAACAUGGCGAUCAUGAUAUCCAGCUCACAAGUCAUAGUUUGAAACAAUAUAAUGUCCAGGUUACAGGUGGAGAUAGGUCAAGUCCAAGUAGUAGUACUAUCAGACUAAAAGACUAGUCAUAGGAUAGUCAAAGCAUAGUAGCUAACAAGAGUACACUAAGUUAUAAAGAUAUUGUUAUAGUAUAGCAACGAGAUAUACGUAGCAAGCUUGCGACUUGUAGAGAUGUGAUUACGAGACGGAUCUGGCCAAGCAAGUCUUCGUUCAGCUCCUGCACCGAACGUAUCUCGUAAUCACUCUCGUUCACAACGAUAGCUAUGUGGAAAUGGUGUGGGCAGACGCACCAUACAUAAUCCCCAGCCUUCAACUUGCGGAUUGUAGAGCCAACUGCACAAACCCUGCC